UGAAGCUGGUCUAUCCAUGGAGGUUCGUACAAGCGAGAGGGAACCAACGCCACAGGCGCCAUGUCCCUGGCCCUCUCCUUCCCUCACCCUCCGUCUCUCCAUCGACGACGUCGCAGUCCGCCGUGGAGAAGCAGAGCGAGCGCAGCGAGCGUCGGCGUCAUGAGGGAGGUGAAGCUGAAGCCCAUCGAAGCGACCCCCGAGACCUUCAGGGAGUUCGGCCAAGUAGUCGAGGCGUCCCCGGACGGCGACUUGUUCGGUCCUCAGGACGCUCAGCUCGACCUCAGUCGUGGGAUUCCCAGGUUUUACAUAAUGCAUAUUGAAGAUCGACCGCUCAAGUUUUCUAAUAUAACACAUCAUGCCAGUGUGACCCAGUGUCUUGGUUCAAUUGGUGGGCAUGCUUGGUAUCUUGGUGUUGCUAAACCCUCCAUCGCAACUCCUGGGGAAGUGAAAGAUGAAACCACCGAAAACUUAAAGCAGUCUCGGUGUGGUCACUUCUAUGUGCCUCCCGCUGUGGAUGACGUGUCUGUGUUCAGAAUUUCUGGUUCUAAAUUUGUGAAGCUCCAUCGCGGUACAUGGCAUGCUGGGCCCCUGUUUCGGGCAGACAAAAUGGAUUUCUACAACUUAGAACUGAGUAAUACCAAUGAAGUGGAUCACACUCUUCACAGCUUCGUGAAGGAAAAUGGAGUUGUCUUCUUAAUUGAUGAGUAGCCACACUUGCCUUUAUGCUUCUGGGUGAGCGUCUGCUGCAGUAACACAGUGCCUUUAUGGAUGGAAAGGAAAAAAAAUGAUUCAAACGUUUUGGCAUAUUGAAUAAGAAUCUAGAAAGGUCAGGAGUCAGUACUACACAUAGUAAAUUCCCAUUUUGAGAUAAAACGAUCACAACCAUGUGCGUCGCAAGAUGAAUGAUUCUGUCAAUGUUGGUUCUUUGCUUGUCCUAAUGUGGUCACUUUUAUGUACAUCUUUUGCAUUCUUUUCAAAGAGGAAGUUGAAUGUUAGGAA